GGCACCUGAGAAGGAAUGGAGGUUCAGUCAGAUUCAUUCACCAAACAAGUUGCAUGCAAGGAAUAACAGCAAGCAGCCACAACCGCAAGAUCUACUCUACAAGUUUCUCCAAACACACCAAAGGUGGACGUCUUGAGGAUGAUUUGGGCAGCGGUGGUGGCAGAAGCGCCCAAUCCCCAAAUAGCCGCGCAGUGACGUCACGGAUGAGGCAGCACUCGGUAAACAGAUGUUUGUCGCCAAGAAGACUCCUAGCUUAUAAACUCUUACUCGACCAGGAAGGCACUUUAUUUGCAACCCGUGAUGUGUUUGUACCGCCAGGCGUUAGCGGGAGUCUUUAGCUGAGCUCCCUUCCUGUCCUUUCCGCUAUUGCUCUCCUCCUCAUCCUCCUCAUCCCUCCGGUCGUCCCUGUGAUGCCUCCCUCGUGCUGUGGCUUCCUGUCACAGUACACCCAUCAUCACCUGGUCGCCUUCCUCCUCACCUUCUUUAGUUAUGUGUUCCUGCAUGCAUCCAGGAAGACGUUCAGCAAUGUAAAAGUGAGCAUCUCCGCCCAGUGGACGCCUUCUACUCAGAAUGCCAGCUCUCCCGCUUUCUCUCCUAGCGAGACAUGGGAGAGCAAUUGCCUGUUUGAGACUGAAGAGCAGGCCACUCUCUUCCUUGGAGCGCUGGACUCCAUUUUUCUCUUUUCCUACGCUGUGGGUUUGUAUCUCAGCGGCGUGAUUGGCGACAGAGUCAACCUGCGCUACGUGCUCUGUUGCGGCCUGUGCGGCUCCGCUGCCGUGGGUUUUUUGUUUGGCACGCUGACAGAGUGGCUCCACCUGUACAACAUCUACCUCUACUGUAGCCUGUGGGUUCUCAAUGGACUGCUGCAGUCCACCGUCUGGCCCUGUGUGGUCGCUGUCAUGGCUAACUGGUUCGGCAAGACGGGGAGCGGCUUUGUGUUUGGCCUGUGGAGCGCCUGUGCCUCGGUGGGCAACAUCCUGGGCGCCUUCUUGGCAUCCAGCAUGCUCAAGUACGGCUACGAGUACACCUUCCUGGUGACCUCAGUGGUGCAGUUUGCUGGUGGUGUGGUGGUCUUCUUCGGCCUGCUCACCUCUCCGAAAGAAGUUGCAUAG